GCCGUGGACGUCCCCGUGCUCUUCCACGUCGUUCACGACGGGCACGACGGGUACGUCGCGGAAGACCGGCUGCGCGCGCAGGUGGAAGUGCUCAACAACGCGUUUCGCGGCGCGACGCAUCAGCACGAUGGGCUCGUGAACGUUAACGCCGCGGACACGGGCGUUUCUUUUCACUUUCACGGCGCCACGUACCACGACGUCGCCGGCGCGACCGGGGAGACCGCGGGGUGGUUCAGGGACGACUGCUCGACCGGGUUCGGAGAGCUGAGAAUCAAACGCGCGCUCGCGACGGACGUGCGACGCGUGUUGAACGUGUACACGUGCGAGCCCGACGGCGGCGUCUUGGGGUGGAUCCAAGCGUUCCCGGACGAGUACCCCGAGGAAGACGAGCGCCACGGCGUGUUUUUGCUGCACUCCACGAUCCCGGGCGGGGACGCGACGCCGUAUAACCUCGGCGACACGCUCACGCACGAGGUGGGACACUACCUCGGGCUGUAUCACACGUUUCAAGGCGGGUGCCACGCGCUGUGGGAGACGGAGAGGGGCGACGCGGUGUACGACACGCCACCGCAGAAGGACAGCUGUCACGGCACGUGCGCGGAACUCGCGGCGAGGGCGCAGGACAGCUGCGCGGGCGUCGGCGAGAGCGACGAGACGCUGCCGCCGUAUUUUGGCAGGGACGCGUUUACAAAUUUUAUGGAUUACAGCGUGGACGCGUGCAUGUCCGAGUUUACCCCGGGGCAGGCGCAGCGGCUCGCGGAGGUGAUCGCGCAGUACAAG